GAGGAAAUACUUCCUCUUUAGGAACGUUUAUGGAUUUUACUCCCCUGAUAUAAGAUCCAAAAUAUAAAUGUCAAGUAAAGAGUAAGGUACCUGUUUUAAUGUUGUUUACCAGAAGGUUAGUUAUGUAAGUGUGUAUAUAGCUCCAGGGUGUAGUUUAGAUAUGCAUCCAAAGGUGCCUGCUAGCUACAACUUGUCCGAUUGCCAUGUUAGAUUUCAUAACAUUCACAGCCUGAGGGGCACCAUUUAGGUAGAUUUGCAUAUAACUUUGGAUCCUGUACAAACUAGGCCCUGAAAGGUUAAAAUCGUCAAUUAAAUCCUUAGUAUAUCCAGUGACAUGCACUUUUUGGGAUUUUUCCAAUUCCGUCUCAAUGUUAAAAGUGACAUAGAAAUAGCAAUAACACCGAUAAAGGUCUAACGCUGACAUGAAAACGGGAGGAGUUUCUCUCUGUCUUUAGGGUGCCACGCAACUAGAAGAAGCUAGUAAAUCAGUGGCUUGUUCCUUUGCAUCUGACAGUCAUGGAAGCUGAACGAUACAGGUGAAUCACAGUAAAGGAACGAGGGAAACGGGAAUGAGGAGAUUUUUCAGAGCGCAUAGCUACAGCGAUGAAGACAACAGUCAGAUCCAGUACCUGACGGCGAAGUGUAACCGCCUGACUCAUGAAAAAGUGCUGGAGAGGGAAUGCAUGGGGGCCAGGGAGAGAGAGAGGAGCCUGCAGAAUGAGCUGGAGGCUCUGUCCACACAGCUCUGCCAACAGGAGCAGGUCAACAUAGAUUUGAUGUUCAAACAUGAUCAAAUGCUCGGCAGGGUCCAUCAUGAACAGCAACGGGUGCAUCUUGUGGUGGAGGAAAGCUUCAGAGAUGCUGCACUGCUGGGCCUACAGCUGGAACAGGUCAACUCGGAGCUACUGCACCUGCAAAGUUCUGAGGUACAGCUGGAAGGCCUGGUGGAAGAGCUGCACACGGAGGACCUGCAGAGAGCUGCAUUGACAGAGGACCUUCGUGUGCAGCUGCACAGUAAGGUAUUGGAGUUGGAAGAGCUUCAGUGCGGCUACGCUGCCAACACCCAGGAGCUGGAGGAGCUGCGUAGCGCCAACCAGAGGAAGGUGCAGGGACUGCAGCUGGAGAACGAGUGCAGCCUGAAGAAGCUCCAGGAGACGGCCGAGCAGUUUGAGUGGCUGUGUGAACAGCAGCGCUACUGGAUGUGCUGCGUCAAGAGAUUCAAAGACUGCCUGUCAGAGGAGAAGGACUCUCUGGUGCAGCAGGUGAAACGGUUGGAGAAGGAGGUAGCAGAGCUGAGGAAGAGCUCAGAGAGCACCACCCAGAUGCUGCCCCGCCCCCUAGAGGACACAGUCAGCCAGCACUGUGACAGAAUGCCCUCUUGGGAAUCCGGUAAGAUGGCUGACCUGCAAACCCAGGUAGACAAAUGGAGAAAGCUGUAUGAGGACCUCUUCAGCCAGUUCACACCCCACCAAAUGAUGCAGGCUGCAGUCUCCAGUGAGCCUGAGAGAAGAGGAAGUUAGCCGAAGCAAUAGGGAGCAAUAGGGACUGCCGGAGGAGACGUAUAAGGACAUGAGACAAGUGACCAUGCUAAAAUGCAUUACCGUUUUAUGAAUUAUAUGGUUGAUUCACACACCAGAGAACAGACUUGUGUUAUGACUCUUACAUUUGAGGGAGAUAAAAACAUCAUACUGUUCCUUACAUGAAGGUUUGGGGAGGGAGCAGAUGUUGAAUUUUCCAGAAUAUUCUCACUGUAAAUUGUGUAGGCCAUGUGUGUGUGGUUUAUGUUCAUUGCCUUUUGGCCGGACUCACCUAUAGUUUACUUUGUAU